AUGCUUGUUAUGAGUUGUCCGUCCACAACCGAUGAGCCAGAGAGCUGCAGCAGCGAGGGAAGCGGCUGCACCGCCUCCUCCAUCACCACCUCUGACCCGUCCCCUAUGUCCGGACACACUCGCGCCGCCCUACCUUCCGUCGGCGACGCCCCUCACACCUCGAAGCAUGAAGCGCCCCCGCCUCCUCCCCUGCCGCCCCCGCCCCCGGCGACCACCCCCACCAACCACAACGCGCGGAAGAAGCGCCGCGUCCGCAGCUUCUUCUGGAAGCCCAUACCGGAGGAGAAGGUGCGCGGGAAGCCCAACAUCUGGACGAUGGCGGUGCGGCAGCAGCAGUAUCAGAUCGACGUCCGCUCCGUGGAGGAGCUGUUCGGGCAGCAGGAGGACGGGGCGACGGGCGCGCGCGGCGGGGGGGCGCCGGCCUCUGGAGCCUCAACCCGUGUCUCCAGGACUCGCUCCUUCAAGGAGAGCAGCAAAGACGAGAUCAACAUCCUCGACUCCAAGAGGGGGAUGAAUGUGGGCAUUUUCCUGAAGCAGUUCAAGAAGUCCAACCGCUCCAUUGUCGAAGACAUCCGACAGGGAGACGGAAAGAUGUACGGAGCGGAGCUGCUUCGGGACCUGCUGAAGCUCCUGCCCGACGUCGAGGAGAUCAGGAAGCUUCAGGCGUUUAAAGGAGACCCGGACAAGCUGACACUGGUGGAUUCCUUUAUGUUCCUCUUGAUCCAGGUGCCUCGGUUCGAUGUUCGGAUCGAGGCCAUCGUCCUCCGCGAAGAGUUCUCCCCUUCAUGCGCCGUGAUGAGCCGCGAGAUCGAUGUGGUCCGCGUCGCCACUAAAGAGCUGAUGAGCUGCGAGGAGCUUCAUGCCAUCCUGCAUCUGGUGCUGCAAGCUGGAAACAUCAUGAACGCCGGCGGUUACGCCGGCAACGCCGUGGGCUUCAAGCUGUCGUCCCUCCUCUCGUUGGCCGACACCAAGGCCAACAAGCCGGGGAUGAACCUGCUGCACUUUGUCGCCAUGGAGGCAAAGAAAAAAGACGAGAAUCUGCUCAAGUUUCCAGAGAAACUUCAGGAUGUCCAGAGCGCAGCCAGAAUCUCAGUGGAAAACAUCGAGGUGGAGUUCUCCUCCUUAUAUGUUCGGAUUAAAACCCUGGAGGUGAAAGUUCAAGGAGACCAGGAGCUUCUGCAGCAGCUGGAGCCCUUUCUGCAGAGUUCGGCGCGGACGCUGCAGGACCUGAAGACACGCAGGCUGGAUCUGCGUAAGGAGGGGAACGCGCUCAUCGACUUCUUCUGCGAAGACACGGACACCUUCAAGCUGGACGAGUGCUUCCGCAUCUUUCAGGACUUCUGCAUCAAGUUCAAGAAAGCUGUGAAGGACAACGCGGACCGCGAGUUAAAGGAAGCGGCCCGGCAGCGUCGCCUGCGAGAGCUGGAGGAGAAGCGCUUCGCCUGGUCGGGAGCGGACCAGAGCGCCGGGUUUGGUCGGAGCAGCAGUGAGAACGACGUGGAGAUGCUCACCAAGGAAGGCCUGCUGGACUUCUUCCAGCAGAGGUCUCAGAGUCCACAGAGUCCGCUGGGACGCUCCGCCAGCGCCCGCCGCCACCGCCACACCAUGCCCACCAUCGCGGACCGAGAACUCCAGGGGUACCUGGAGCUAUUCGGAGGCGCCGGGAAUCCCACCGACUAUUCCAAGUACAACAGCCUACCUCGGUCGGGCCGCGCCGCGCAGCGGAGGACCAACCCCUGGAUCUCGGACCAGGACGACAACCGCGAGCUGGGAGGUGACAGGCAGGUGACGUCUCCACGUGCGGAAACUGAGCCCAUCAGCCCGCUGGCCAGGUUUUCCUCCUCUGGGCUAAAUGACAACGAACCAUACCACAACAACAAUUACUCCUCUGUGUCAGAGGGCAGCGCUCUGCCUCGUCCCUUUUGUGUCUUUCAGAAGUCCUCCCUGCUCCCCAACCCAACGGUUAGCGGCCACAUGAACGUCAGUGUCGAGGCGCACACUUUAGUUCGAGGCCCUCAAGCUUUUGACCUCCCUAGUCCGAACAAUAACAGUAAUCCUAUGCACUUUGUCAACCAGGGGGAUGUCGUGGUGACCGAUUUGGAAAAGGACCGGCAGUCACUUCCUGUAAGUCUGGACAUCCUUCUACAUGAGAACGUUUUAGAAAGAGAAGCAGGUCCCAAGGUGGCCUGGGGAGGGAAAAUAGAUCCUCUCACACCAGCUGGCGUCUCUCCUGAGAGAGAAGAAGAGGACAACAGCACAGUUUCAUCAACAACCUGCGAUACACCCCUCCCACUAGAUCCAUCUGUAUCCAGUAAGAAACCAACGGUUUGUGUACGCGACUGCACAGAAACGGACUGCUCCGUCACCUCUGAUUACUCUGAGGUUGAAAGCUUGUCUCUAACGAGAGAGGGACUUCAUUUCAGAGCGACUGGCCGCAGGAGAUCCGAUCGGGAGAGCAAGCAAGAGUCGAGCUCUCUGUCCUCUGAUUUGGAGUCCAUGUUGCCCAACGACCAGUCCGUCUCGACCAAUGAGCUUUCGGCGCCCAAAUCUGCGGACGCGGCGUCCAUGGCCCCGUCCGCUGCACAAGAAGAGUGGGACACGGAGAGCUGUGACACGGCCGAGGGGAAGCAAGGUGCGGAGAAAGAUGCACAGCGAAGCAGCCGAAAAGCAGCGCAAACAAAGAUCAAAGUCAACAAAGCGCCCAAGGGCAGCGGAGGUCGCGGUGUGCGAACGCUGACCAGCAGCGAGAGCCAGGCCAUGAGGAAAGUGGUGCCCAUAACCAAGCUCACAAGGACGGGGGGCAGCAAGGCAGCAGAGAGGCCGUUGGCGCACGGCGGCGGAGAGUCGCUCCGGCCUCUCCGUGACCAAAGCACCCCGGCGAGAGGGAGGAGCGAGAGGACCACGAGACCUCCUCGACACUCCAGUCUGCCUCCGGAAGAGUCCAAGGAUCAGAGGGGCAGCCUCGCGGGCGGCGUGUCGAGGUGGGCACGCGACGCGACUCCGAGGAAGGCCUCCAUCAGCAAGCCGAGCGCCAAACCGCUGAGGAACAUCCCCAAGCCUGCGCCCGAGGAGAAGAUGUGUCGCUCCACCAUGAGAGCGCUGGCCCGGGCCCAGGCCCAGGCUCAGGCUCAGGGUGGCGCUUCCUCUGAGAACAGCAGCUGCCACACGCUCAGCGCCAAGAACGCCUCCGAUGUCCCCGGCUUCGCCCGCAACACCGUGGCUUCGACCUCCAGGACCAAGAGGGAGCUGGCCGUCCCGUCCGUCCCCUCCGACCCCGCCGUCCCGUCCCUCCCCUCCACCCCGUCUCGCAGCCCGUCGCUUCCAGGUCGACAAAGCCCGGCGAAGCAGAACAAGUUGGCGCCCGCGGUUCACAACACCGGCGAGGAGCGGCCGCAGGGGACAACAAACCUGCGACGGGUGCAAAGCGGGAAAGCGACCAGUCGCAGCGCCUACCGCAGCGGGACCCCCCCGCCGCCCGCAGCGCGGGAAGAUGUUCGCAAGGCCAGUAGCAUUUCUGAGAAGUCCGUCUAUUCCAGAGACCUGGUGACGGCCAGCAGAGGCGCUAAACCAAGCUGGAAAUAA